AAUUAUUUUAAAUGUUAGGAUGUAAUUUUUUGUUUUCUUUUUUCAAACUGAAAUUAACGACUAACUAACCAAACCUAUGAUUUCCCUCUCUUUCUUUCUUUUUUUCCCUCCAAGAAAAUUUCUCACUCCUCCAAGAAAACCCAAGAAAAUCCCAUCCCAAUAAUGAGAAAACCAAUUCUCAAUCUCAAACCACAUUUCAUAUUAGUCUCCUUCUUCACCUUCUUCGCCACCAUCGUCACAACACAGCAAAUCCCUCGUCAAGAAGCCAAUUACCGAAGUUUCGUAAUCAACGCCACUCGUUUCCCCUCCGAGGAAUAUUUCGAUUACAUAAUCGUCGGCGGCGGCACCGCCGGUUGUCCAUUAGCGGCGACUCUGUCACGUGCGUUCCGCGUGCUCGUUUUGGAACGCGGCGGCGCGCCGUACGCCGAUCGAAAUGUGAUGUUCCAAGAGGGUUUCUUGACGGCUUUAGCCGACGCCGAUGCAUACGAGUCGGCGGCUCAAGCAUUUACGUCGGAAGAUGGGGUUCCUAAUUCACGUGGGAGAGUUCUCGGCGGGAGUAGCGCCAUUAACGCCGGCUUCUAUAGCCGAGCCGAGGAAGAGUUCUUUGAGAAAUCUGGGGUUGACUGGGAUAGGAAAAUGGUCAACGAUUCAUAUGAAUGGGUUGAGAGGAAAAUUGUGUUUAGACCUGAGAUUAAGACUUGGCAAAUGGGUGUUCGAGAUGGGUUACAAGAAGCUGGUGUAAACCCAUACAAUGGAUUUAGUUUAGAGCACAAAUUUGGUACAAAAAUUGGUGGUACAAUAUUUGACAGUUAUGGAAGAAGACACAGUGCAGCAGAUCUACUAUUCUACUCAAGAAUAAGUAACUUGAAAGUAGUGAUCUAUGCAAGUGUUGAGAAAAUUAUGAUAUCAAAUCCAAAGAGUUACUCAGAAAAAUCAGCAAGUGGUGUUGUUUUUAGAGACAGAAGAGGAAGGUGUCACAAUGCAAUGUUAAGAAAGAAUGGUGAGAUUUUAGUGUCAGCUGGUGCAAUUGGUAGUCCACAACUUCUUAUGUUAAGUGGUAUUGGCUCAAGAAACUACCUUUCUUCGUGGCGAAUCCCGGUCACCCAUGAUCUUCCCUACGUGGGAAGAUUCUUGUAUGACAAUCCCCGAAAUAGUAUCUCAAUUGUACCACCAAUGCCAUUAGAACAAUCACUAAUUCAAGUUGUUGGCAUUACUCCUUCGGGUGCUUACAUCGAAGCAGCUUCCAAUGUGAUACCUUUCGCGGCCCCAGCACGAACGGUUUUCAUUAGGACACCCUCUUCGCCGCUCUAUUUGACCGUCGCAACACUCAUGUCAAAGAUCAAUGGUCCCUUGUCAAUUGGGACAUUUUCAUUGGCCUCAACUGAUGUUAGGGUCAACCCUAUUGUGAGGUUUAACUAUUUUCAUAACCCUUUGGAUUUGGAGAAGUGUGUGAAUGGUACUAAGGCAAUUGGUGAUGUUUUGAGGAGUAGUUCAAUGGAUGAGUUUAAGUUUAGAGAUGGGAUUGGGAAUAGGGAGUUUAGGUUUAUUGGACCUCCUUUGCCUAAUGAUCACACUAAUUUUCAAGUUAUGGCUGAUUUUUGUACAAGGACAGUUAGUACUAUUUGGCAUUAUCAUGGUGGGUGUUUGGUUGGCAAAGUUGUUGAUAGUGAUUUCAAGGUUUUUGGGAUUAAUUCUUUGAGAGUUGUUGAUGGUUCAACUUUUAUUCUUUCUCCUGGCACUAAUCCUCAAGCUACUGUUAUGAUGCUUGGAAGAUAUGUUGGUUUGAAGAUAAUCAAAGAAAGAAUGAGAGGAAAAUGAUUUUUGUCUUUUUUUUUUGUUUUGUUUUUUUUUUUUAAUUUCAUUUUCAAGUUUUUUUUACUCAAGCUUUUGAGUAUUUUUUGUAAUUUUUAGAAAUUGGUUGAUUCGUUUAUUCUUUUUAGGAAAAUAAGAUUUGAAUAAUGUAAAUCUUAAUGUAAAUGUAGUAGUACUACUACUUCAAAUUAAACUCAUGUGAAGAAAGAUUUUGCCAAUAUUUAAUUAUAUCUUUUUUUUUUUUUGCAA